AUGAGCAACUCGGAGAGUAACUUGCGGUCCGAGGGCGGAAAGGUUGAUUAUGAGGGUGGUGGAAACUCUAGUUCUAGUCCUUUUUCCGGCCCUGAUUUCAACACUCUAUAUCUCCAGAAGAGAUCAACCGAUUCAGAGUCAAUCAAAAGACGUGAGAGUAUUACAGAGCAGUACAAGGCCGGCUUCGUUGCCAAAAUGUGGAGACGGUAA